AGUAAGUGAAGGAGGAGGGGUUAAGUGACAUGUAUAACACACCUGUCUCAGAGAAGACAGAGCUACUCAGAGGGAGAGGGACAGCUGACAACAACCACGACAAACAACACCCACAACAUCAGGUUUUCCUCUCCAAUCUCCAGGCAUGGACCAGUCUCUCUUCCUCAUCCUGUUGUUCUCAGGGCUGUCCAUCCUCCCCUCAUCCCUCCCUCAUCAGUUCCACUUUGUGAACUUGAUAAAGACCUGGACUGAAGCUCAGAGUUUCUGCAGACAGAACUACACUGACCUGGCCACCAUAGAUGAUGACAUGGCAGAUAUGAAGAAGCUCAAUAACACAUUAUCAGCAGCUGGUUGGAUAGAACCAGCCUGGAUAGGGCUGUAUAACAACAUCUGGAAGUGGUCUCUGGGAGACGGAGAGUUAGAGGGGGAGGGGUUUUGGGCCCAAGGACAAACAAAUAUUGAUCCCAACAGCAAAGAUUUCUGUGUGUGUAUGAUGCAAAAUGGGUCUUGGUUUAAUAACAACUGUAACACGACAUCGAAUUUCAUCUGCUAUGACAAAAAUGCGACCAAUAAGUACAUUCACAUCAAUGAAUCUAAGACUUGGAGUGAUGCUCAGAGCUACUGUCGGGAGAAACACACAGACCUGGCCAGUGUGAGGAACACAACAGAGAUGGAGGCAGUAAAGAGCAUCUUGCUAAAACAUGACAACAAUCAAACAUACAGAGCGUGGAUUGGCCUGCAUAAUCCUCUUGGUGUCUGGAGGUGGUCCGACCAGAGUGGCUCCUCCUACAGAAACUGGGACUUAACAGAGCCGAAUGGGGCAGGUGUGGGAAAGGAAGGAUAUUUCUGUGGAGAAGUAAUAUCGUCUGGAAAGUGGAACGAUAAAGGAUGUACUCACAAACAACCCUUUAUUUGCAACGAUGAUGAACUGGUCCUGGUCUCAGAGAACAAGACGUGGUCAGAAGCCCUGUGGCGCUGCAGAGACCUGGACAUGGAGCUGGUGGCUGCCCACAACCAGAACAUCCAGCACUGGGUUCAACAGAAAGCCAAGAAGGCCUCCACUCCCUUCGUCUGGCUGGGCCUGAGGUACACCUGCACCCUGGACUUCUGGUUCUGGGUCAAUGGAGAAGAGUCCUGCUACCACAACUGGGCUGUCGGGGAGGGCUACAACACCAUUAAGGAGCAGUGUGGGAACACGGGGGCCAUACAGAGAGACGGGGGACAGUGGGUCGGCAAGUCUGAGACUGAGAGAUUCAACUUCAUCUGCAGCAACAGUACUGAUUACUAGGACCAGAGCCUGUUCUCUGGACCAGCUGAACCCUACAGUCCAACACAUUGUUCCAGAAACUGCUCUGUAGAACAGCUAAACCCAACAGCCCAGCACAUUGUUCCAGACCAAUCUCUGUAGACCAGCUGAACCCAAUAGCUCAACACAUUGUUACAGAUCCUGCUCUGUAGACCAGCUGAACACUACAGUCCAGAAUGUUCCAAACCCUGUUCUGUAGACCAGCUGAACCCUACAGUCCAGAAUGUUCCAGACCCUGCUCUGUAGACCAGCUGAACCCUACAGUCCAGAAUGUUCCAGAUAUACAUCAUACAAAGGUGAUGGAUACUCAUUAUUUUAAAUAAAUAUUUGUAUUUGUUUACAGUGAGCUCCAAAAGUAUUGGGACAGUAACAAAUGUUUAGUAGUUUUGGCUCUGUACUCCAACAUUUUCAUUGCAUGUUAGGAAUAUGGGACCAAAUAUUUAGCUUUUGACUAUUUUAGUACAUAUUGAAGUGAAUUUGUCCCAAUACUUUUGGUCCACUAAAAUGGGGACUAUGUUCAAAAACUGCUGUCAUUUCUAAACGAUUAACCCGAUAUGGAUGAAAUUACUGACUGUCUGAACUUUAACCUCAUACUCAUUGUAUUAUUAGAGAUCCAAAGUGCUGGAGUACAGAGCCAGAAAAACAAACAUAGUGUCACUGCCCCGAUACUGUUGGAGCUCACUGGAAAUAAACCAUAGAGCUAUGUAGAGCUCACUGGAAAUAAACCAUAGAGCUAUGUAGAGCUCACUGGAAAUAAACCAUAGAGCUAUGUAGAGCUCACUGGAAAUAAACCAUAGAGCUAUGUAGAGCUCACUGGAAAUAAACCACAGAGCUAUGUAGAGCUCACUGGAAAUAAACCAUAGAGCUAUGUAGAGCUCACUGGAAAUAAACCAUAGAGCUAUGUAGAGCUCACUGGAAAUAAACCAUAGAGCUAUGUAGAGCUCACUGGAAAUACAACAUAGAGCUAUGUAGAGCUCACUGGAAAUAAACCAUAGAGCUAUGUAGAGCUCACUGGAAAUAAACCAUAGAGCUAUGUAGAGCUCACUGGAAAUAAACCAUAGAGCUAUGUAGAGCUCACUGGAAAUAAACCAUAGAGCUAUGUAGAGCUCACUGGAAAUAAACCAUAGAGCUACGUAGAGCUCACUGGAAAUAAACCAUAGAGCUAUGUAGAGCUCACUGGAAAUAAACCAUAGAGCUACGUAGAGCUCACUGGAAAUAAACCAUAGAGCUAUGUAGAGCUCACUGGAAAUAAAUCAUAGAGCUACGUAGAGCUCACUGGAAAUAAACCAUAGAGCUAUGUAGAGCUCACUGGAAAUAAACCAUAGAGCUAUGUAGAGCUCACUGGAAAUAAACCAUAGAGCUAUGUAGAGCUCAUUGGAAAUAAACCAUAGAGCUAUGUAGAGCUCACUGGAAAUAAACCAUAGAGCUAUGUAGAGCUCACUGGAAAUAAACCAUAGAGCUAUGUAGAGCUCACUGGAAAUAAACCAUAGAGCUAUGUAGAGCUCACUGGAAAUAAACCAUAGAGCUAUGUAGAGCUCACUGGAAAUAAAACAUAGAGCUAUGUAGAGCUCACUGGAAAUAAAACAUAGAGCUAUGUAGAGCUCACUGGAAAUAAACCAUAGAGCUAUGUAGAGCUCACUGGAAAUAAACCAUAGAGCUAUGUAGAGCUCACUGGAAAUAAACCAUAGAGCUAUAUAGAGCUCACUGGAAAUAAAACAUAGAGCUAUGUAGAGCUCACUGGAAAUAAACCAUAGAGCUACGU